CACACUUGACCUUCCUCCACACCAACCCCAUUCCCCACCUACCACACCCACCAUAAACUAUACUAAACAACACCAAACCACCCAACAUGCCAACACCCGGCCACGUCCACUACAUAACGCUCGACGUCUUCACCAACACAGCCUACACAGGCAACCCACUGGCCGUCGUCUUCCUCCCUCCCUCCUCCUCCUCCUCCUCCACCUCCUCCAACACAACCCUAACCCAGCGCCAAAAACAAACCCUCGCCCGCGAAUUCAACUUCUCCGAAACCAUCUUCAUCCACCCUGACCCCAGCAGCGGCACCAACACAACCCACCGCACAAUCGACAUUUUCACGCCCACCGAGGAACUCCCCUUCGCAGGCCACCCCACCAUCGGCGCCGCCGCCUGGUUCCUCCACCUCUCCGAGAAUCCACCGAAAGAAAAUGCGAUAACGCACCUCAUCACCAAAUCCGGGACGAUCCCCAUCGCCCGGUGCCCCGCAACCAGCCCCGCCGCCUCAGAGACGACAUCGGGGAAGGCCAAGGGCGAGGGCGUCACCGCGCGGAUCGCGCAUAACCCGCACGUGCACGCGAAGCGGUUCCCGCUCCGGGAAGUCCUGCGGUUGCAUGGGUCUUUGGCUCCAUUCCUCGCCCAAAAGGACUCGGAUCGGGGGGCGCAGGGGCAGCACCAGGAAGGAAUCUCCUUCCCCGUGUUCUCGAUCGUGAAGGGCAUGUCGCAGGUCCUUGUGGAGGUGCCGUCGUUGGCGGCGUUGGCGGCGGUGACUACCUCUGCGGGCGGGGAGAUGGUGGGCCCGGAGAGUGGGUAUAUGGAUGUCGAAGGUGGGUGGGCGGUGGGGCUUUGUGUGCUUUAUUUCUACGUUAGGGGGGUGCAGGACGAUGACCAGGGCAAGCACAACAAGGAGGUGAUACGCACGCGGGCGAUUUUUGGGAAUGUCGAGGAUCCGGCAACAGGGAGCGCGGCGUGUGGGUUGGCGGCUUAUCUGUCUUUGACCCAGGGCACACCGAAGGAAAGGAGGGGGUUUGACUUUGUGCAAGGGGUGGAGAUGGGGAGGCGGAGUGAGAUUGGCGUGGAGGUGGAGAUGGGAGACGAUGCGGAGACGAUUGCGCAUGUGGAUCUCAAGGGAAAUGCUGUCAAGGUGUCGGAGGGGUCGAUUGCGAUUCCUCCGGAAUAG